CCGACUUUUAGUUUAUUUGUAUUUUAUUAACUGUUUCACAUUCAAUAAAUGUUCACUUAUGUUACCCAAAAUGUCUGUAAAUACAGGAAAAUAUUAUCGUGAUAAAGGUGAAGAAAAAAAAUCGUUUCAAAAAGAUAGGAAUGUUCCAAGAGAGAAUACUGCUGAAGGCAGAUUAUUUCAAGUCAAAGAAAAUAUUGAAAUUGAUGGCUUGUAUGGUUUUCACAGAGUUACAGAUUUUAAAGAAAGAAUUGGUUUUCUCAUAAAUAUGCAUACUACGGACAUUGUUGAAGAUGACAAACAACUGGUAACAGGUGUUGACUAUUAUUUUUUAGAAGAAGAUUGUUCAAGAUUUCAAAUUUCUAUUCCUUACCAUCCUUAUUUUUACAUAUUAUGUAGAGAUGGCACACAUCAAGAAGUCAUUACAUUUCUUUUGAAAAAGUUUAGUGGUUUUCUAAUAAAAGCUGAUAUUGUUUCUAAGGAAGAUCUAGAUUUGCCAAAUCAUUUGAUUGGUCUUAAGAGAGAUUAUGUCAAAUUGUCUUUCAUAAACUCAGUGAACAUGAUAAAAGUAAAGAGAGAUAUUAUGAAUGUUGUAAAAGUUAAUAAAGAAAGAGAAAAAAGUAAUACACAUUACACAAAACUUUUAGCUGAAACUUUUAAUUUUGAACAAAAACAUAGACAAAUUAUUGAUCACAUGGAUAAUAUUCUAGAUAUAAGAGAGCAUGAUGUACCUCAUCAUGUAAGGGUUUCGAUUGAUAUGGAAAUUUUUGUUGGUCAGUGGUAUUCUGUUAAAACAAGAGGUACAGAGCAGGCUCCAAUAAUUACUCCAAGGCCAGAUAUUGUAGAGCCUCCAGAACCUGUAGUCCUAGCAUAUGAUAUUGAAACUACUAAAUUACCUCUCAAAUUUCCUGAUGCCAACACUGAUCAAAUCAUUAUGAUAUCUUACAUGUUAGAUGGACAAGGUUUUUUAAUAAACAACAGAGAAAUCAUAUCUGCUGAAAUUGAUGAUUUUGAGUACACACCCAAACCAGAAUUUGAAGGAUAUUUUACAGUAUGGAAUGAACCAAACGAAAAAGCAGUUAUUAAUAAAUUUUUCAAUCAUAUUAAUGAAGUUAAACCCCACAUAUUCGUAACUUACAAUGGUGACUUUUUUGAUUGGCCAUUUGUAGAAACAAGAGCAGCAAUUCACAAUAUUGAUAUGAAGGACAGGAUUGGAUUUUACAAAAACAAAGAAGGCGUUUAUUCGAGUAGAGCUGCGAUGCAUUUGGAUUGUUUUUGUUGGGUGAAGCGAGAUUCUUACCUGCCUGUAGGAUCUCACAGUCUCAAGGCAGUUGCCAAAGCCAAACUCCGAUAUGAUCCAGUUGAACUUGAUCCGGAAGACAUGUGUCGAUUAGCCGCAGAAGAGCCGGAAGUACUUUGUAACUACUCGGUUUCCGACGCAGUCGCAACGUUCUACCUUUAUCAAAAAUACGUUCAUCCCUUCAUCUUCGCUUUGUGCACUAUCAUCCCUAUGGAACCAGAAGAAGUACUGAGAAAAGGCUCCGGAACGCUUUGCGAAUCGUUACUGAUGGUACAGGCCUAUAGAGCCAAUGUCAUCUACCCCAACAAACAAGAAGCUGAGUUAAACAAGUUUACCCGGGACGGACACCUAUUGGAUACGGAAACCUAUGUAGGUGGUCACGUCGAAGCCUUGGAGUCUGGGGUAUUCAGGGCUGACAUCAAUUAUCGUUUUAAAAUCGUGCCAAGCGCGGUUGAUCAACUCUUGAGCGGCGUUGAGAAAACACUAAAACAUGCGCUUGAAGAAGAGGAAAAAAUUCCGCUUGAAGAAGUGAUCAAUUUUGAUGAAAUCGUUCAAGAAGUAAAAGGCAAAUUGGAAGCUCUUCGCGCUCAACCGUUACGAAGCGAGAAGCCCGUGAUCUAUCAUUUGGAUGUUGGAGCUAUGUACCCGAACAUUAUUUUAACGAAUAGAUUACAGCCGUACGCAAUGGUUGACGAGUCAACUUGCGCCGCCUGUGAUUAUAAUAAGCCCGGGGCUCUUUGUCAACGCACGAUGGCUUGGGAAUGGAGAGGUGAAGUUCUAAAAGCCACCAUGGGAGAAUACCAACGUAUGUUGCAGCAGUUGGAGACAGAAAAGUUUCCACCGUUGAUUCCCGGCGGCAACAAGAGAGCUUUCCAUGAACUCAGCAAACAGGAACAAGCAGCUGCUGAGAAGAAAAGAUUGUCGGAUUACUGUCGACGUACUUACAAGAAGGUUAAGGAAACAAGAAACGAAAUUCGUCAGCAAACGACUUGCCAAAAGGAAAAUUCGUUUUACGUCGAUACCGUAAGAGCUUUUCGGGAUCGACGAUACGAGUACAAAGGUUUGACGAAGAAAGCUAAGCAACAGGUUGCUCAAGCCACAGCCAAUAAUGACGCUGCAGCUAUCAAAUCAGCUAAAAGUCGUGAAAUCUUGUAUGAUUCUUUGCAGUUAGCGCACAAAUGUAUCCUAAAUUCUUUUUACGGCUACGUCAUGCGAAAAGGUUCGCGUUGGUUUAGUAUGGAGAUGGGUGGCAUAGUGUGUCACACUGGAGGUCACAUUAUCAAAAAGGCGCGAGAGAUCAUAGAACAAAUAGGAAGACCACUUGAGCUAGAUACUGACGGAAUUUGGUGUAUCCUGCCAGGUUCUUUUCCUGACAAUGUUGUCGUGACAACUAGCAACCCUAAAAAACCUAAGUUAGUUGUGUCGUAUCCUAACGCAGUACUCAAUGUUAUGGUGAAAGAUGAAUUUACAAAUGACGUAUACCAUGAAUUGGUCGACCCCAUAACACGCGAGUACACAAUUAGAAGCGAGAAUUCGAUCUUCUUUGAAGUUGAUGGCCCCUAUUUAGCUAUGGUUUUGCCAGCUGCAAAAGAAGAAGGCAAAAAGUUGAAAAAAAGAUAUGCUGUUUUUAACUUUGAUGGUUCUUUGGCGGAGUUAAAGGGUUUCGAAGUAAAGAGACGAGGUGAAUUGCGGCUCAUCAAAAUUUUUCAGUCUUCAGUUUUCGAAGCAUUCUUGAAAGGUACUACUCUGGAGGAGUGUUAUACAGCAGUAGCUAAAGUAGCGGACUAUUGGUUAGACAUUUUAUACAGCAAGGGAAUUAAUCUGCCUGACUCUGAAUUGUUUGAUCUUAUUUCGGAGAACAAAUCAAUGUCUAAGAAAUUAGAUGAAUAUGAAGGACAAAAAUCCACAUCGAUUUCAACUGCUAAGCGUUUGGCGGAGUUUCUCGGUGAUGAGAUGGUCAAAGAUGCUGGUUUAGCUUGCAAAUUUAUUAUUUCUCAGAAACCAUUGGGUUCACCAGUUACAGAAAGAGCAAUUCCAUUGGCUAUUUUCCAGUCAGAUCCCAGUGUCGCCCGUCAUCACUUGAGGAAAUGGUUAAAAGAUCCUAAUAUUCACGAUAUUGACAUUCGAAACAUUUUAGAUUGGCAGUACUAUAUUGAGCGUCUUGGUAGUGCAAUUCAAAAAAUUAUUACUAUUCCAGCAGCUUUGCAAGGUAUAUUGAAUCCGGUUCCAAGAGUACAGCAUCCAGACUGGCUGCAUAAAAAGGUAUUAGAAAAAACGGACGGCCAAAAGCAGCAGAAGAUUACUGAUCUAUUCGAAAUAUCUGAAAAACCAAAUAAUGUUGAAGAAGACGAAGAAAGUGGAUCGGAUAAAGAUGACGACAAAACGCAUGAGUCAGUGCCAGAUAUGGAAGAUUUUGGAAAUCAAGCUGGUCCUAGUAAAUACAGGCCUAUAAUCGCUAGUGUGACGAAACGGAAAAGGACAUUUUCGGAAGAAGAACGUGAAGAAGCUGAAAGAGAAACAAAUAGUUUACUGACAAACGACUGGAGAAAAGUUUUCGGCAAUCCACCAGAUCCGCCUCAAACAAGGGAAGAAUUGCUAGCGUGGCUUGCAUUUCACAAGAAAAAGUGGAAGUAUCAAGCAGAGCAGAGAGAAGCAAGGAAAAAAGCUGGUGCUGCUAAACGAUUUAGAUUUAAUCAAAGCUCUAAAGCUACUGAUUCCGGUAUGAAAAGAACAAGUACAAAUACUCUAGGUGGUUUCUUGCAGAGAGCUCAAGAAAAAUUGCUGGAAACUCCUUGGCAAAUUAUACAACUAGCCGAGACCAGUGAACCAGGGCUGUUUAAAUUAUGGGUUUUAGUUGAUCAGGACCUGCAUCAAUUGAGGUUGAACGUUCCAAGGAUAUUUUAUGUAAAUACUCGAAAAGAAAGAGCUGAAAAUACUGAAAAUCAUUCUUGGGUGAAAUGUAACAAAAUUUUACCGCGAUCACGUCCCGUUUAUCACCUCUAUAAAUAUACUGUACCUGAAAAAAUUUUUCGUUGUCACGGCAGGACUCUGACAGAAGAUUUGAUCGAUCCUGACAUUGAAGGGAUAUACGAAACUCAAAUGACUCUUGAAUUCCGAGCGAUAAUGGAACUUGGCUGUAUAUGCUCAGUCACAAAAGAGGCAGCUAAGGGUUUGAGAGACGUGACUGAUACCUUCAAUUUGACUCAAUUAUCAUACAAAACUAUUGCUGCUCAACCGUAUUUCCGCAAUACUAAGAAAAUCAAGAAGAUAUUUUUCUAUCAUCAUUGGUCUGCUAACAGCAAUUACAGAAGGGCAAUGUGGAGUGUGUUUAUAACGGAAAGCAAAACUUGUUACAUAUUUGUCCAAGAUACUGUGAAAACAGACCGGAUGCCGAAUAUGAAUACACUUUAUGUCAAUGAGAGAAGCAAAGCAGUUGAAAUGGAUGAAAUAGAGAAUAUUGCCUCGAUGCCUGAAUCAAUGCAAUUCAAUAUUCGAAUUGCGACUGAUGUUAAAGUUAUUCACACGCAAAUACAGAGUGCUCUAAAAAAUUACAAAGCUGCAAACAAAGGUGCUACGGUUGUACUUGUGCAAUCUCCAAUACCAAUAAAGCCACUUACAAGUAAACUGCCAUACUUAAAUGAAUUUCCUCUGGUCAAUAUGCAUAUACAAGAUUUGGAUAAUUUAUACGAUAAUCUAGACUGGCAACGAGUAGGUUCGAAAAUGAUGCUCAGGCAUUAUUUCAAAAGCGAAGACAUUUUUACAAAUUUGCUCGAACAAGCUCGUUACUUCCAUGCACCCGUGGGAAAUUUACCAGAUGAUGUUAUCACUUUUGGCGCUGACUUGUUCUACGCACGUCAUUUGUCAGUAGCUAAUUUCGUUUUAUGGUGGUCACCAAAUGAAAAACCAGAUUUUGGUGGUAGUGAAAAUGAUGACAGCAGGUUGUUGACUGACUUUGAAGAAAGCUCAGGCUGCGUCAAAAAUAAUUCCAGUGCGUAUUCUACCGUUUGUAUUGAGUAUGAUUUGAUAAGCUUAGCUGUGACGGCUUUGGUUCAAUAUAAUCACAUCAAUGAUAUUGAUGGUACCAGUUCAUAUGUUGCUUUUCACGCUGCACAGCAAACGUCCCUCCAAGAUAUGAUUUCAAAUGAAGGCGGUGGUGUUGCAUUACCAUCAUAUGAUGAAGUAUCACUAUGUGCAGACGCUUUUAAAGUUUUGAAAAAAAUGGUCAGUACCUGGUUAAAGGAAGUCAGUCAGUUUAAAAACCAGUUUGCCGAUUACCUGUUAAUGCACUUUUAUAGAUGGCUACGUUCUUCUACAUCAUUUAUGUAUGAUCCAGCUUUGCGUCGUAUUUUACAUAAUUAUUCGAAAAAGUUAUUUGUACAGUUAGUGUCCGAAAUGCAAACAUUAGGAUUAACAAUAGUCUAUGCAGAUUUUACGAAAAUUAUUUUGAGUACAAAGAAAACGAACACGGAAGAUGCAUAUGCGUAUAUGGAAUAUAUGAUUCACAAAAUUGUCCAAAAAGAACUUUUUCAUAGUAUACAUUUUGAACCACAAAAUUGUUGGAAAUAUCUUAUUUGGCUUGAUUUAUCCAAUUUUUCUGGAGUCAAACAGCGCUUAACGAAUACAGACGGAGAAAAUUCAGAAGAAAGUGAUGGGGUGGAAUUUUUUAUGAAUUUUAAUAUGAUUGAACAUGUACCUAUAGAGAUGUGUCAACAUACUUUCUCAAAAAUAAUUUCUGAAUAUUACGGCACAAUUUACACUGAAAUGCAAACAAAAUCUCCUGAAGAAGUAACGGUCAUAGCUAAAAAGUUAAUUUCGGAAAAAAUAUCACAAAGACUUUUCCAUUAUGUGCAAGCUAUCCAUAAAAAAUAUCCAGAGAAAAGUUUAUCAAUUGAGGAAAAUCCAUUCCUUGAAUUUGAUCCAAAAAGUAAGACACUGUCAAUAAAUCCUGCACUUGAGCUAUCUAAAGCAAUAACCAAGGUGUUGUCCUUGGACCCUCAAAUUAAAGAUGAAAUUGAUAACUUACAUAAGAAUUUGUUAAGAUUAAUAAAUAUUGGCUGCUUUAGUGAUAAGGCAGAAUGGAAAGAUCCAUGUGUUUCUUUUAUCUUAAAUGAAGUAUUAUGUGAAAAUUGUAAUCAUGUUAGAGAUAUAGAUCUUUGUAAAGAUAAUUUUAAAGAACUUGAAAACAAUAAGCAAGUCUGGAAAUGCUCAAAUUGUAAAUUAACUUAUGACAACACUCAGAUAGAAUUCUCUCUUAUAGACAUUCUAAAUCGUAAAAAUAUGGGCUAUAUGAUUCAAGACCUUCAGUGCCUGAAGUGUGGUGAAGUCAAACAAGACAAUAUAAUUCCAAGUUGUUCUUGUUCAGGAUUUUUCAAAACAUUAAUAUCAAAAGACAAUUUAAUUAAGACUCUAAAAAUAUUCCGAAUGAUAGCUACAAAAUGCCAAAUGCCGAUUUUAACCGAAAGUGUCCAAUUUAUGUUGACAAAUGUAGAUUAAUAUAAUUUCUUUGUUUGUAAUCUGUAAUUUUAUAAAAAUUAUAGACUCGUUAUAAACUGGUAAAAAAUGUGGAAACACUCUAUGAACCUUAACAAUUAUUUUUUAUUCUAAAACAUUUAACCAUUUAUAAUUAAUAUAUGGUAAGGA